AUCGCUUUCAGUCUCACCACCAAAGACACAGAGUUUCUUCUUGCCUAUCUCACGAACAUCCGAGAACUUUGCAAAGCAUCAAUCCUCUACACGAACAGCUGCAGCAUCACAAAAUGGCACCCAGCUACAACUCAAAGGCGAACCCCAACAGCUACAAGUCGAUGGGAAGACGGCCCACCAAUUUCAAGAAGAACCUCUUUGUAUCUCCUGAGGAGCAAGCCGCAGUCGACGAGUUCCACGCCUUUUAUGCGAAGUUGGACAUGGAGGAAAAGAACAACAAGAAGUCGCCUACCCAACCAGCCGACCAUGACACGCCCAAGGCAAAGAUGGAGAAUCCGCUCCCUCCUGGAGCCAAGGGGCUAGCUUCCUCACGUUGGGCUAAGAAAGAGGACGACAUCAAGCCGUUGCCUACCCCACAAGCUUUACCUACCCCACAAGCAGCGAGUCACCACAUGGAAGAAGACAAAAAGCCGCUGCUUCUCAGUAACACCAAGGGGCCUGCUCAUGCUCGCUUUGCCAAGAAGAAAGGGUACAACUCAAUUUCGCCCGAGGAGCAAGCCGCAGUGGAUGACUUUCAUGCCUUCUAUACGAAAUUGGACUUGGAGGAAAAGAACAACAAGAAAUCGCCUUACCAACCAGCCGAUCAUGACACGCCCAGGGCAAAGAUGGAGAACCCGCUUCCUCCCGGAGCUAAGGGGCUAGCCUCCUCACGUUGGGCUAAGAAAGAGGAAGAGGACCCGAAGCCGCAGUUUCCUGAGCCAACUAAGAACCCGAAGCCGCAGUUUCCCGAGACAACCAAGGGGCUUUCUAAUUCUCGAUUUCCCAAGAAGCCUUCUGGUCAGAGAAACGGAAAGGCUACUUACACCAAGAAGUGGGAGUUCACUCCCGAGGAGGACGCCGCCGUGAAGGCGUUCUUUGCUGAAUCAUCGGAGGACAAAGAGCAGAAGGGAAACGGCGAAUCUGUUUACCAACCAGCCGAUCACGACACACCCAAGGCAAAGAUGGAGAACCCGCUCCCUCCCGGAGCUAAGGGGCUAGCCUCCUCACGCUGGGCUAGAAAGGAAGACACAGUUUUUGCCCCUUCGACGACAUGGACCUCAAAUGCUUGAUUACGACGCCGCGAAGCAGUGAGAAAAUCAGGAAAGAAAUGAGAAGGGACGGGACCUUUGGAUGGGAGAUAUGCCAGAUUCUGCAGAUGAUCAAGGACGCAGAAGGAGGGCGGAGGACAAGGAGGACAUUAAGGGGAAGAUAUGUAGCGAGGAUUAUGGCAAGAGCGAGUUUGUGCUUCGGCAGGAAGGAAGUCAUGAUCAGGUAGUGCAAGGUUAAUGAAUGGAAUCAAUGGUUCUUGCUUGCCAUUUUUCUUUAGACAUUGAAUUGUCUGCCCGCUUUUACAAUUGUUCAUUAGGUAGGCUGCUUCGGCUUCUGGUGACAUUUUCAUCAGAAAUUCUGAAUCAGUCAUAUAUAAUUCUGUCGCUUUCUUUCAAUGGUCAAACCCCAUACCCUUCAUUAC